AUGCAGCCCGACAUCCAGAGCUCCACCCUUCGGACUUUCCAGGAAACCCGUGAUGAGUUCUCCAAGGAUCUCGAGAACUUGUCUCUUGGCAGGUCAGGUGGUAGAUAUGUCCCCGUCAUACAGUCUGACCUCCGUCGGCUCAUCAACACCCUUUCCAUGUGGACUUUGGUGCGCGCUGGAAUCUUUCACAUGGGUAGCUGCUUCGAGUUCAAAUGCCAGCAGCUUAUGGACCUCAUUGACGAGGUCGCCGGCCAAGUAACCAUCAACAGGGAGACUCUGAUGAUUGAGGACCCAGUGAUUAAGAGAUUGUUUGGUAUGCUGGCUAUCCUGGUUGGACGACUUACUCUGAGCGGCUUCAGCAAUGAAGACGCAAAAUCUGUCCGUGCUGCACGAUUGGUUGAGAUCGAACAGCGGCGCUGGGAGAGCAAUCCAGCCGAAAACGACGAAGGCGAUUGGCGGUUGAUAUAUCUAAGAAACUUUUGGGGUCGUGCAUAUCUGCGGCAACAGGAAUGCCUCUGCCGUCAAUGCUUGGGAUGCUAUUUGCCGACUUCGCAGCCUCUCCCAUUUUCGCCUCUGCCGCCAUUGGUUGAGGAAGAGGUCUCUGAUGACCCCUCAAGCUCCUCCAGUGAGGAAGAGUAA